CACCCGGUCUCCUCACCGGGCUGACGGACAGACAGGGAGCGGGCACCGGCGACAAAAGCGCGGACGGACCGGCACCAUGGAGCUCCUCCGCCGGGUAAGAAGAGGAAGAAGCAACGUGGUUCAGGUUCAUUUGCCGGUGCUUUGCUCCCGCUAAAGGGAACACGACCGGCGUCUCUCGCCCCUCAAAGGGGCGCUCGGGGAGGGAGCGCGUGGUGGAGAGAAAGCCGAGUGGGGGGCUGGAGUUGCACGUGUCAAACAGGAAGUGUUUCCUUCCGCGAUAGAUGGCCACAAUGGAGCUGAGAUAACCGCUUCCUCUUUCCUCCACCAAUCACGGCUCUGGAUCGAGGGUAACCAUGGGAACGUGGCGUGGUCUGCGAGUGGCGUUCAUCCUGGGCUCUUUGUUCAUGAUCCUGCUGAUCAUCGCCUACUGGGACGACGUCGGGGGCUUCAACCUCUACCCGCUGCAGGAGCCCAGACGCGCGUCGCCUCACCCUCGGACGACCGCCGCGCCCUCGCGCCCGACGUACGCCGGCAGAUCCCAGACCAGUUCUCCCCCCGCCACGGCUCCGAGUGCAACGCCGCUGCCCGAGGAGACGGGAGGAGCUGCUGACGCGCGUACAGAGGAGGAAGGGAAGAAAAAGCUAGCGCCGAGGGAGGAGGAAACGAGGGCGGACGAGGAGGAGAAGGGGAGAAGUCGUAAUGCCGAGGACGAAAGGGAACAGGAGGCGAGGAAGCGGAGGAUCGGGGACGUGUGCUCGGGAAAGGACGCCGUCGAAUUCCCCGGGAGGACUCGGGCGUUUGAGCAGAUCCCAAACAGGGAGCUGGAUCACCUGAUCGUGGAUGACACGCACCAGAUUAUCUACUGCUACGUGCCCAAGGUGGCGUGCACCAACUGGAAGCGAGUGAUGGUGGUCCUGUCCCAGUCUCUGAUCUCGCCCUCCUCGGGGAAGCCGUACACCGACCCGGAGGCUGUACCCCCUGACCUCGUACACAACUCCUCCCUCCACCUCACUUUUGCCAAGUUUUGGCGCCGCUAUGGCUCUCUGUCCCGCCACCUGAUGGCACUCAAGCUCCAGCACUACACCAAGUUCCUGUUUGUUCGAGAUCCUUUCGUGCGUCUUAUCUCGGCCUUCAGGAACAAGUUUGGAAGGCCCAACGAGGACUUCUACAAGCAGUUUGGCUCCGUCAUGCUGCGUCGCUACGGCAACGUGUCGGGCGGUUUGCCGGAGACGGCGGCGGAGGCGUUCGCCGCCGGAGUCAAGCCGUCGUUCCAGCAGUUCGUCGCGUACCUGCUGGAUCCGGAGACGGAGACGGAGAGCGUCUUCAACGAACACUGGCGGCAGGUAUUCGCCUCGCGCCGCUGGGAAAGCCUCCGCGAGAUAAAGACGACCGCGCGGCGGGAGGUGUACCGCCUGUGCCACCCGUGCCAGGUGAAGUACGACUUCAUUGGACGACUAGAAACCCUGGAAACCGACGCGGAGCACCUGCUGAAGCUUCUGGAGGUGGAUCACCUGCUCCGCUUCCCUUCGGGGGCUCGAAACCGCACCGCGGCCAGCUGGGAGCGAGACUGGUUCGCACAGAUUCCCAUCGCGAUGAGGAGAGAACUGUACAAGCUGUACGAACCAGACUUUGAGAUGUUCGGCUACCCCAAACCUGACAGCACGCUGCACCAGUAGGCUCCGCCCACUGGGCGCUCCACCGUGUGCAGAGCCCACGGCGAGCCAGAAAAUGCCUUUUGAAGACUAACGGGUCGAUGAUGCUGUUUGUUUCAUUUGCUUUGUGCAUACCUCUAUUGACAGAAGUGCCUCCCAGUAUUAUUGCGUUUUAUUUUUUACAUAUCUAAAGCACACCUGCUCACAAGCAGCUUUAUCCCAGUCGGUUUUUCCACACAUAAAGGCACUUUGAAUCGUAUUUUGUUAUUAGUAUCUUGGUAAGUCAUUGGGGAAGGACUGAUGCUAACUGUUGGCUGACAAUUCUGUUGCAGAGAAAUAAAUGUUUUUGUAUAUGUGACUUUA